UUUAUUUUGGCGUUGGUGUGUGACGUCAUAAAGCGGCGCCGAGCUCCGUUAGCUAAGGUUCAACAAGGGGUUGAAUGAAUUAUGUAAAGCACUGUUCAUGCGUGUUUCCUCGUCGGUUAGUAACGCUAUAUUACUACAUUUUUUGCUUUACAUUUUUUAAAGUUUAAUACAUCAGCACAAGUAUUCAGCCAAUGUCAUUUGAUUUGAUAGGUAUUAUUAAUUCACGAUUAAUACUAUGCUUUAUCUAGCAUUCAUUUAAACGCUUUAAAAUGUAACUGUUCCCUGUAUCGUGAAUCUGUUUGUAGAGAUGAAAAAACGGAGCUUUACAAACUCCGAGUCAUUUGAAUCAAAUGUUUCUUGAACUGAUUCAGUUUUUUGAAGCGCGCGAAUCACUGCGCGCUGACGUCAUCCGCUGGUCUAAACAGUGGAAAUGAAACGAAACAACAAACACCUGAGGUGUUUUUAUAAACCAACUGCAUCGUGAAAGAGUAAUAUUGAACACAAAAUAGUGUGUAUGCAUAGUUUGUAUUCUCUUAUAAAUUUCUAGAGCUGGUUUUGUUAGUUUUUUAUCUACUCAGGUGAUUUAACUAUCGUCUCUCAGUCUGAGUCCCUCAGCAGUGCACAGAAUAGUGAACUAGAGAGCUGAUUGAGACGCAGAUUGAUUGUGUAUUUCUUUUAUUUCUGUUCGUUGUUCUCAUUUUAACAGUGUCCAAACACAGAGGAAAACUUCUGCUGAAGCGACUGAUCUCCACACUGUUAUAAAGAUGGCGUUUAUUAAAGAGGAGAGUGAAGACCUGAAGAUUGAAGACACAUUCACAGUCAAACAUGAAGAUCUAGAGGAGCAAACAGAGCUGAUGGUGCUCAAAGAAGAGUUUCAAGAUCUUAAUGAAAUGGAAGAGAGUCACCAAGAUUUAACAACUGAUGAAAAAUCCAAGUCAAAGAAGAGUUUACCGCAUAAAAGAGUUCAGAAAAACAAUUUUACCUGCUGUGUUUGCGGAAAGUGUUUUUCCCAAAGACACAACCUUAAAGUCCAUAUGAGAAUUCACACCGGAGACAAGCUUUUCACGUGUGAUCAGUGUGGCAAGAGUUUCACUCAAAAGUCAAAAAUCGACGUCCACAUGAGAGUUCACACCAGUGAGAGACCUUACUCGUGUCCUCAGUGUGCAAAGGGUUUCCGUCAAAAACAGCACCUUAAACUCCACAUGAGGAUUCACAGCGGAGAGAAGCCAUUUCCCUGCAAUCAGUGUGGGAAGAGAUUCAGUCAACUACAAGCACUUCAAAGCCACUUUACAAUUCACUCCGGAGAGAGACCUUAUGCCUGCACUCAGUGUGAGAAGAGUUUCCGUCAAAGACCGUCCCUUGAAAAACACCUAAAGGUUCACUCCAGAGAGAAGCCAUUCACCUGCUCUCAUUGUGGAAAUGGUUUUACCCAAAAGGAGCGUCUUCAGAACCACAUGAGGAUUCACACCGGAGAGAAGCCUUUCGCUUGCCCUCACUGCGAAAAGACUUUUGCUCAUAGAAGCAACCUUUACUUCCACGUGAGGACUCACACCGGAGAGAAGCCUUUUGUCUGCACACACUGCGGCAAAUCCUUUCGAUGUAAAAACUCUCUUGUUGGCCACAUGAGGACUCACACCGGAGAGAAGCCGUUUGCGUGUGAUCAGUGUGGAAAGAGUUUCUCGAGAGAGUUCAACCUUAAGUGUCACAUGAGCAAUCACACUGGAGAGAAACCAUAUACUUGUGGUCAAUGUGGAAAGAGUUUCGUGCGUAAAGACUCUCUUAAUAGGCACGAAUUGAUCCACUCUAAAGGUAUUAAAUGUCAUCAUUGUGGAAAGAGUUUCAAUCAUAAGACCAGCUUCAAAUCUCACAUGAGGCUCCACUCUGGAGAACAAGGCUGAGGGUCCAAAAUCUUUGCUGAAGUACUUCUAUAAAUAAUCAAUUGAGUAAAACCAUUCUAGCGACAGCUACCUUUCAUGUAAUGAUUUUACUAGGUAUACAUACUUAAUUCCAUGGUCUGUUAAAAUUCUUGAUUCUGAUUUGCUUGAAGGUGUACAAUAAAAUCAUGUAAAAGCCUG